CCGGGACGUCGGUGGCGCAGCGAGGCUGGGUCCACUGGCGCGGUGUCGUAACCCGCCGGCUUCCCUGUGUCCGAUCUUCUGCGUCCCGGUGAGGGGCGGGUGGGGAGAAUGGCUUCGGAGAUCGAGUCCUCUCUGGAGGCCAGCUUCUCCAGCAGCUGCGUGGUGUCAGGGGCUUCGGGGUGCCUGCCUCCGGCCCGCUCCCGCAUCUUCAAGAUCAUAGUGAUCGGCGACUCCAAUGUGGGCAAGACCUGCCUGACCUACCGCUUCUGCGCCGGGCGCUUCCCCGACCGCACCGAGGCCACCAUCGGGGUGGAUUUCCGAGAACGAGCGGUGGACAUCGACGGGGAGCGCAUCAAGAUCCAACUGUGGGACACAGCGGGCCAGGAGCGCUUCCGGAAGAGCAUGGUGCAGCACUACUACCGAAACGUGCACGCCGUGGUCUUCGUGUAUGAUGUGACCAACAUGGCCAGCUUCCACAGCCUGCCGGCCUGGAUUGAGGAGUGCAAGCAGCACUUGCUGGCCAGCGACAUCCCGCGCAUCCUCGUGGGGAAUAAGUGUGACUUGUGGAGCGCCGUCCAGGUGCCCACGGACCUGGCCCAGAAGUUUGCCGACACACACAGCAUGCCUUUGUUUGAGACCUCUGCCAAGAAUCCCCAUGACAAUGACCACGUGGAGGCUAUCUUCAUGACCUUGGCGCACAAGCUCAAGAGCCACAAGCCACUCAUGCUCAGCCAGCCCCCCGAGGACGGAGUGGCCCUGAAGCCCGAGGCCAGGCCCGCCCUGCAGUGCUGGUGCUGAGUGGCCCUCGACUCGGGGCUAUGAUCUGAGGCGACCUGGGACGGUGCUGAGCGGAAGGGGACCCACACUGCACCGCACAGCGUCCAGUCAGUGCCUCCCUAGUCGGGGCUGCCACUCUGACUCACAGGGAGAGGUGCUUCUCGUUGGGCAUGGAGAGCAGGAGAGCACCAUGCGCCCACUGUGCCUGCCAGUGGGCGGGCUGGAGGGAGGCCAGAGACUCACCAGGUGCUGUCUCCAGGAAGCUUGUGCUGUCUCCAGGGUGCAGAGCUGGUCGAGAGCAUCGGGAGUGUAACUGAGAGGGACUGGUCAGCGUGGGUCCUGGUCUCUUUCUCUCAUUUAGUGACUGUGUUGGAUUAAAUCAGCUUCCGUUUGGAUGUAGCUCUGCGGGCUUCACUCUGAUUCCUGUGAAUCUGUGUGUUUUUCUGUAAUGGUGUUGUCUUGUCAGUUUCUGUAUGGUCACAGCAGAAUAGGCCUCCUGGGUAUGAUGAAUAUAUUAAGCCAGGCGUGUGAUGGGGAGGCUGAGGAUUGCCUCGAGUGGAAGGCCACCCUGAACUACCUAGUGAGACCCUGUCUCAGAAAAACCAAAAAAAAUUGUCUGUCCCUCAGUAGUGAAAAGAAUAUUUCAACAUUUUUGCCCUACUUUUAUUUUGAAUUUAAGGCUUUGCACAAAGUGAUGCGCUGCAUAUGAAGCUAUUUACAUAAAUGGAAUGUAAGCCAUGGACUUUAGGUGACACGUGUGCAUUCACUGAUUGGAUCUUGGCUGUCCUUGAUAGUUGUAGAGGAAGUUAAGCCAGAAGAUGACUGUACUUAAACUAUUUUCAGAAUGUGGAAAACCAAUUAACAUGUAAUUGAAUCUAGUUUAGGAGUUUAAUCAUUGUGGUAGUCCUAAAUGGAUAAUUUAAGUUAUAAAAAAACCCCACUCAAUUAAACUAAUUGAAAGUAAUAAUUACAAUAAAUAAUUAUUCAGUUUUAAGUAUUAGAGAUCAAAUUAGCUUUAUUUGCAUUUUGGGAGAUUAAUCCAUUUUUUUCAUUUCUCUUAAAUAUGCUGGGAUUAAAGAUUUUUACCCUGGGGGCCGGGGAUUUAGCUCAG